CCGUUGAAAAAAACACCAUUGCACGAUCUUAUUGUCCAAAAAGGAGGCAAAAUGGUUCCUUUCGCUGGAUGGUCCAUGCCAGUGCAUUUUAUGACUUCUGGGAUUCUAACAGAGCAUUUGCAUACAAGGGAAAAUGCAUCAUUAUUCGAUGUGUCCCAUAUGCAGCAAUUGAAGAUCCUAGGAAGAGAUCGUAUAAAAUUUUUUGAAAGGCUAGUGGUGGCAGAUCUAGAAGAGAUGCUAUUUGGCACUUCAACAUUAUCCUUGCUUACUAACGAGCAUGGCGGCAUUAUCGAUGAUACAAUUAUAAGCAAACAUGCCGACCAUCUUCAUGUUGUGAUCAAUGCAGCGUGUGCAGAUAAGGAUUUGGCUCACAUACGUAGAGAAUUGGAUAAAGUUCAAAGACAGGGUUGGUUAGUUCACAUGGAAGUUAUUGACGAUUAUGCUUUAUUGGCUUUGCAAGGUCCGAAAGCUGCGGAAAUUAUUAAAAGAUUAAGCGAUAGAGACAUAACAGACUUCAAAUUUAUGACGGCUAGAUUUAUGAAUGUUAAGAAGAUUGAACUUCACAUUACACGAUCUGGAUACACUGGAGAAGACGGGUUUGAGAUUGCAGUAUCUUAUUUAGCUGCCAAUCGAUUUGCAAAACUUCUGUUGGGUUAUCCAAGUGUACAGUUAGCUGGCCUCGGAGCUCGUGAUAGUUUACGCUUAGAAGCCGGAUUAUGUUUAUAUGGUCAUGAUCUAGAUGAAUCAAUAACUCCAGUAGAAGCGGGAUUAUCUUGGACAAUAGGUAAACGUCGGAGAAAAGAAGGCGGAUUUUUAGGGGCUGACCAUAUCCUAGGACAACUAAACGACAAAUCGUUGGUAUUGCGUCGCCGUAUCGGGCUUAUCGUGGAAGGUGCACCUGCUAGAGAAAAUGCUGAAAUAUACGAUACUGAUGGAGAAUUAAUUGGGAAAGUAACAAGUGGAGGUCCAUCUCCAUCCUUGCGAAAAAAUAUUGCAAUGGGCUAUGUGAAAACUGGAUAUAACAAGACCGGAACACCUUUAAAGGUGAAGGUUCGCGAUCGUAUGCAAGAUGCAAAAGUUGAAAAAAUGCCUUUUGUACCUGCAAGAUACUAUAAAUUGAAUGGAUAA